AUGCGGCGAACACCAUAUACCGCGUUCACAGAAAGUAUCGAUGAUUGUUUUAGGGCUUCGGUAUCAUCACAAGGUAACCGUAAACCAAUCCUGACAGCCAGCCAACGUGCAAUCAUCAAGUACUGCAUCGACAAUGCCAAAGAUGACAUUGCCGAACGAAUCAUUCGCCGUGCUACUGAGAGGAAGGAUGACUUCAAAAUGUUCAUCGAUAAUCUUACACGGGUACGUUCAAACUUUUUGUGUACUUUAUUUUCG